ACAUGCUUACCGUCAAGGAGUUCUUAACGUUUUGUUAGGAUUGUCUUUCUUUUAAUGGGAAUCUGAUCGAACCUCCUGGAAAACGAUCUUCUCUAAAAUCGAGGAGCAAGCCUGCGACAGUCGCCCAAAUUAUUCGAAGGAAUGUCAACGUACGAGAGGAACUUGCCCAUGUUUUAAGAUCAUCUGCGGAAAUUCCUGCCCAUGGCUGCACCACCAAUGUCAGAAAGGCUGGAGGUUCAUAGAGGGCAUCUGAACGUCUUGGCGAAGGCCCUCUACGACAAUGUGGCCGAGACGCCGGACGAGCUCUCCUUCCGGAAGGGGGACAUCAUGACGGUGCUGGAGCGCAACACGCAGGGUCUGGACGGUUGGUGGCUGUGUUCCCUCCACGGGCGGCAGGGCAUCGUCCCCGGGAACCGGCUCAAGAUCCUGGUGGGCAUGUACGACAAGAAGCAGCUGCCGGGCCCCGUCCAGGGCCAGCUGCCCCCGCAGCCCCAGCAAGUGGCGGGGCAGAACCCCCUGGCGUACCCACACCAAGCGGGCUACACCCCCCUGUCUCCCGCCUCCCAGUACACCCCUAUGCACCCCUCCUACCAACCCCAAGAGGACAAUGUCUACCUGGUGCCGCCCCUCAACAAAGCCCCCGGCCCCCUCCAUCCGGGGCCGGGCCAGUUCCAGACUCCUCCGGGCAAGCAGGCACCCCUCUACCCAAAGCCGAGCCCCUCGCAAGGCCAGGAGGUGUACCAAGUGCCCACCGGCCCCGCCAGUCCUCCUCAAGACAUUUACCAGGUGCCGCCAGCUCCCGCCGGCUUAGGACAGGACAUCUACCAAGUCCCUCCGUCUCUGGACGGGCGAGGCUGGGAGACGCCGAAGACUCAAGGAAAGGUGGUGGUCCCCACGCGUGUGGGCCAGGUGUACGUCUACGACUCUCCCAAAGGGGAGCAGGAUGAGUACGACGUCCCCCGUCAUCUCCAAGACAUCUACGACGUGCCUCCGACACGGGGCCUCCUGGGGAACCAGUCCAGUCAGGAGGUCUACGACACCCCCACCCUGGCGGCCAAGGGCCCCACCGGCAGAGAUCUGGCUCAUGCCCAGGAGAUUUACGACGUCCCCCCCAGUGUGGAAAAAGGCCUGCAAGUGGUGUAUGACAUCCCUCCCUCGGUGACCAAGGACGUCCCAGACGGUCCGAUGCGAGAGGAGACCUACGACGUGCCUCCCGCCUCCUGCAAGGCCAAGCCUUUCGACCCCUCGCGGCAUCCCCUCAUCCUUGCUCCGCCUGCGGCGCCAACGCCUGAGCCUUACUUGCCAGAAGACGUCUACGACGUGCCUCCGGCCGCCACCAAAGGCCUGCCCGAGGCCCGGGAGAUCUACGACGUGCCUCCUGGCCUGAGGAAGCUGGCUGGCCAGGACGUCUACGACGUGCCGCGAGAGCUCCCGGCGGGCGGCAAAGAGGGCGACGGCGACUACAUCUACGACGUGCCCCCUCAGGCCGACCGGGAGGGCAGGGCUGGCGACGGCAAGCGCCUCUCGGCGUCCAGCACGGGCAGCACCCGCAGCAACCUCUCCAGCUCCUCUCUGGACACGGUGCCCGUCCGGGACGCCCCCGACAAGGAGCCGCGCCUGGACCAAGAGGCGGCCAUGGAGACGCUGGCCCGGCUCCAGAGCCACGUCAACUCGGCCGUCUCCCACCUCAUGUCCUUCAUCAGCGGCAGCUGGCGCAGCCCUGAGCAGAUGGAGGUGCAGGCGGCCCAGAUCCGGGGGGCCACCGAGAGCGUCCAAGGGGCGCUGAAGGAGCUGCUGGAGUUUGCCCGCGGGGCGGUGACCAGCGCCGCCCACGCCUCCGACCGCUCCCUCUACGCCAAGCUGAGCAAGCAGGUGCAGAAGAUGGAGGAGGUCUACCAGGCGCUGCUGCGGCACAGCCAGGCUCUGGACGCCUGCGGCUGGGCCCCGGGGGCGCUUGCCCCCAGCCAGCCGGGCGCCCCCGACGACCUGGAGCACUUGGUCAUGUACUCGCGGGGGGUGCCGGACGACACCAAGCAGCUGGCCUCCUUCCUGCACGGCAACGCCUCGCUGCUCUUCAGACGGACAAAGGCUCCCCCGGCCUCCCUGGGGGAGGGCGCCCCGACCCACAGCACGCCGGCAGACAAGGCCAGCAGCAUCCAGUCCCGGCCGCUGCCCUCGCCGCCCAAGUUCCUGGCUCAGGACUCGCCCGAAGGGCAAUAUGAGAACAGCGAGAGCGGCUGGAUGGAAGAUUACGAUUACGUGCAUCUGCAGGGAAAGGAAGAAUUUGAGAAGACCCAGAAGGAGCUCCUAGAAAGGGGCAGCAUCAUUGGCAAAGUGCAGCUGGAGCAACAGCAGCUGAAGCAGUUUGAGCGGCUGGAGCAGGAGGUCACGCGGCCGAUCGACAACGACCUGUCCAGCUGGACGCCCCCGCAGCACUACGCCCACGUCCGGGGGGGCGGCGCCUCGCUCUGCGCCUCGGACCGGCAGCUCCUGCUCUUCUACCUGGAGCAGUGCGAAGCCAACCUCACCACGCUCACCAACGCCGUGGACGCCUUCUUCACCGCCGUCAGCACGAACCAGCCGCCCAAGAUCUUCGUGGCCCACAGCAAGUUCGUCAUCUUGAGCGCCCACAAGCUGGUCUUCAUCGGGGACACUCUCUCUCGCCAGGCCAAGGCGCAGGAGGUGCGCCACAAGGUCACGCACUACAGCAACCUCCUUUGCGACAUGCUGAAGGAGAUCGUGGCGACCACCAAGACGGCGGCCCUCCAGUAUCCGUCUCCCGCGGCAGCCCAAGACAUGGUGGACCGGGUCCACGAGCUCACAAACAGCACGCAGCAGUUUUGGAUGGUGCUGGGCCAGCUGGCAGCCAUGUGAACGCCAGCCUCGGUCCACCGGGGAUGAAAUAAGCCUGUAAAUGGAAUGUAAAUACUUCCCUGGACU